AUGCAGAAGUCACUUCUCCCCAUGAAUAUCUACAUGCAGAAGCCAUUUCUCCCCACAAACAUCUCCAGGCAGAGAAAUUUUCAUUUUUCUGGUCAGACUUCAAAUGGGAUGGCCAGAAAUUAUCAUUCCCUUCCAUAUCAAGUUAGUGCAGCUGAGGAUGAUGAGUACAUAGAUAUAGAAGUGAACUCUUUUUCCCCACAAAGCACAGACUUUGAGUUCCAGAUUACUUCUAAUUCUUUCAAUCACAACAAAGAGCUCACUGUGCUCCCAGCAGAUGAUCUCUUCUACAAAGGGAAAAUCCUCCCUCUUCUCCUCCCUCCACGGCUUCAAACCGUCCAAAACCUCCUCAAAACCACCCCAACAGGAGAUCAAAACUCCAUUGUUGAGGAAGAAGAUGAUGAUGAGUUCAUCAUUAUGGAAUUUGCAAGCUCAACACCAGCAAUAGAGCCAUGCAGACUGAGCUUUUCACUCAUCCCUGCUGACCACUUUAAAAGGUCCACUUGUUUGAGCACUUCCAUUAAUAAAGAUCAAGAGAAGAAACAUUCUUGGCUUAGUAAGCUCAGACUGUUUAAGAAGUCGUUGAUGGGUAACAGGGGAAAGGCUUCAAGAGUUUUUAGUCUCAGAUCAUUUUUCAGAAAGUCUGCCUGUAUAGAUGUUUCUUCUGUGACUGAUAAACACUUGAAAGCAGAACAAAAGAAAACCCUAUUUGGGUAUUCAAUUAACAGGGAGGGGAUUAAGGAUAAAGUGGUGAUAAUGAAGAGGAGUUAUCACAGAAGGCCACUCUCAUCAUUCUCAUCUGCAGAAUUCAAAUGGCGUUCCUCUUCCUCUUUAUCUUCCUCUUUCUCCUCCUCCUCCUCCUCCUUCUCAUCCAUUUCUUUCAGUUCAAGGGAUUUUCAUGAGCUCAACUUCCACAAGAGAAGCUGCAGUUUCACUUCAGACAUUGAUGGUCCCAUUGAGGCAGCAAUUGCUCACUGCAAAAGCAUCAACAAUCAUCCUUGA